UUGAGGAUGGCAUGAAGGCGCCACGAGCCCUCUCGGAGCGAAGCAAAGAAGCGAAGCUGCUUCUCCCGCCGUGCCAUCCUCCCUCGCGCUUCGACGAGAGCAUUCUUGCGUCUUUCCGAGGAGGCAGGAUCGUCUCUACCGAGUGGAGGAACUUCGCGGAUGGAGGUGGUGUCGGAGCGUCCACAUUUCUUGAACCCAUAACUUGUCGGAUUUUUGCAAUUACGAGCUGGACCCAUACAACGUACGCAUAGCAGAUGGAUUUUGCGGCCCCGAUGAGGAGCGCAAUUGUGUUUUUGCAUUGAACAUUGAAGUGGCGCGGGCAGAGUUUUUUUGAAUCUCCCACAAAUGCUGCAUCGGUUCUGUUUUGGAGGAAGUGUGGCACUUCCUGCACGCGCUUUUCUGGAGAAGUUCGUUGCUUACAGAGUUGAGAAACAUGUCUGAGAAGGGUUUAAGGGGUAAGGUUUUAGCUCAGGUUUGAGCUGAGAAGGACAUUACUCCGCGCAUGAUCGAGGGGGAGAACCAUGAUGCUGUUUGGUGUGUUUGUCCUGUUACUGAAUGUUUUAAUUUCGGGACUUCAAAGCCCAGCACAGGCAGCACUCAGUGCAGGACAGCACCAAGGUCCACACAUCAGUAGUCUGAACCUGCUGCUCCCCCCUCGAACCACACGCCCUGUGCGCUAUCGGCUACAUGGUUCAAAUGGCUGCUUCACAUGGUCCUGGGACCAUCACGACCUUUUGAGCGUCGAACCUGAAUUCAAUGGCACAGUUAAACAUUGCUCUACAAGUGCAUUGAUCACUUCAAUCGCCUCGUAUGCGGGACGAAGAGCUACUGCUGUCCAUGCCACCGAUAUCAUAACCGGGCAGGUGCUUCGCUGUGAGGUCUUCGUGGACAAGCUUUCUCGCAUUCGUAUCUUUCAUCAUUCCCUGAAGCUUGAUCUCGAUGGACUUGCAGCUUUACGUAUUCGAGCUUUUGAUUCUGAAGAAAAUGUAUUUUCUUCUUUGGUCGGGCUGCAAUUCAUGUGGCAGUUGUCACCCUUGAAUCCGGUUGGUGAAUCUUUAUCGCACAAAUUGACGCAUGUGCCUUUAAAAGACACUGCCCUUGAAGAUGAAGAAAUUGAAACUCAGAUUCAACUGGAGCAAACGGGUCUUGAUUCUGAUCUCUACGUUGUGCGAGGAAUCAGUGCAGGUCAAGAAAGAAUAACAGCACAAUUGUUGGAACCCAAUUUUGAAGAUUUAGUGGACGUUGUAGUCUUGACGGUCGCUGAAGCUGUGUCUCUGGAACCCCCUUCUCCUUUGUACAUCAUCCCUGGGACACACCUUCAGUAUACUUUGAAGACCGUGAGAAGGAAUCAGGCUACAGUGGUGGAGCUGCCAUCUCCUUAUCAUCAUUGGUUUAUCAUAAACUCAACUGUGGCAGAGAUUGACCCCUUUAUGGGUACAGUGGUUGGACGUACUCAUGGUGUGACCACUGUCGUCGUGGAAGAUACAAGAGUCGCUGGUCACCAACAAACUUCAACCUUGCAUGUUGUAACUCCAGUGAGCUUGCGCCUAUAUUUGACGCCUUUGUCCGCCAGUGGAGUUGGUGCCAGGCCUCUCAUCAAGGAGCCUCCAAUCAUGUCAUCAGAUGUUCCCUGGCAACUUGUUGUUGGAAGGAAGUAUGUCGUGCAAGUGUUCACUUUUUCCCGAGAGUCUGGUACACGUCCUUUGCAGCUGACGAAGGAUAAUGACUUGCGUCGGAUGUAUGAUAAUGAAGGAGUUUGGGUUGUUGAUGACAUACCCGAAGAUGUGGCAGCUGAGCAGGGUUGGCAAAAUUGCUCUCUUAUUCAUUCUAUUAAGGAAGGAACGGGUAACUUGAUUGCCAUCUUGGCCCAUGGAAGCAUGGUCCAGGACGAAGUCACUGGGCAGUGGUUCCCAGCCAACAAAGAGGUCCUAAGAGAGGAACAGAAGGUGAGGGUGUGCAGUCCGGUUCGCAUUGUAGCGCCCUUCUUGGAAGAGAUCGGAACUGUGUCUCUUCCUUGGAUUCCUGGGCACUCUCAGCAGUACCGGUUAUCUGUUGAAGGAGGUUGUGGAGAAAAGGCCGCCGAUUUUUGGUGGUCCUCUUCAACUCCGACAAUAGCUACUGUUGACGCCCAAGGAGUCGUGCGAUCUCAGGGGCUGGGUAAAGCUGUUAUUCGUGUGAGCGCCGUUAGGGAUUCUCUCAAUUUCGAUGAGGCGGUCGUGGACGUUUCGUUGCCCUCAUUUAUAAAUGUCGUGCCUGGAUUACCCGUGGAAGUUGAAGUACCAUCUUCCCUGCCAGUUGCUGUGCAUUUACGAACGUCUGAAGGUAAACUGUAUUCGCGGUGCGAUUCUUUCAGCCCACUUGUACAAUGGGAUAUAUUUGGAGGGGACAGCUCGUUUGUGCAACUGAACAAGACGAGUCAGAUUUUACCUCUUCUUCACUCAGCACCUGAACUUGGAGCGGAUACGACAGUAGGAGGCCCUGAUAAUGAUCAGGCCAGUGCGUGCGCUUGGACUCUGCUUCUAGCAACAAGGAGUGGCAGAGCGACCAUUACAGCGUUAUUAGACAUCAGAAAGUUCCUUACGGAAGCUAGAUCACCUGAAUAUGAUCCACAUCAGCAGAUUUUAGAAACUUCAUGGACAAUUGCGGCCUUUAUGCCUUUGUCCUUGCAACAGGUUGGGGAUGGAAACCGUUUUGGGGGCUAUGCUGUGAAGGGCGGGGAUUAUGAUACUGCAACUGAUGCAUUAAGUGGUCCAAAAGGAUCGUUGAAGGAGUUACUACUGGUGGUUGGCAGUAGCAUGAGGAUCAAAGUACAUGGGGGUCCUGAACGCUGGCGUCAAGGUGUCGAAUUUGUGGAGUCAUGCCUAGAUGAAAUACGAGGACUCGAGACUCCCCCAGGAAUUACAAUCAAUCAUCUCAAUGAAGGUUCUGGCAGAGUCUAUCUACUCACCUGCACUGGUUUGGGAAAUCAUACACUAGUGUUCACUCGCGGCAAUCUCGUUGGUGAUGAUCAUCCGAAACGAGCUGUAGCAUCUGCUUCUCUGUCUAUGAUCUGUGCAAUCCCAACAUCGAUUUCGCUUCUAAUUGACGAACCAGAGAACAGCCACCAUCUCAUCAAAGUUGCAGCGCAAGCUGAUCGGGAUACGAACCGUGUUCGCACCAUCCCAUUUACAGUUAUAAACGGCCGAACUAUUCGCGUAUCUGCGGUUGCGAUGAGUUCCAGCAAGGCUUUUGCAAAUGCAUCUUCCUUGAUGGUGAGAUGGCCUGGAAGAGAUUGCGAGGGUUUAGCAAAAUGGGAACCUGUCUCAGAUUUCAAACCAACGCAUGAAGAGGGGUCCUGGGAGCGAUUUCUGACACUUGGUAGUGUCUCAGGAGAGUGCAUUCUGAAGGCUACGGUUGCUGGCUUCUUAUCUAACAGUCAUCUUGAGAGGUCUAUCUUAAGUGAUGCCGAGAAUUUGUUGGCAGCAAGGAAGCCGCUUCUGAAGGAUGCUGUGCCCUUACAGCUUGUGACAGCUCUACGGCUUGAACCUAAGAGCCUACUUCUGUUUUUGCACCCAAACGCCAAGGGAAGCUUUUUGUUAUUGGGUGGAACGUCUGAUGUCGAGAGUCAGGUACACGAUCCCAAAGUUGCUGUGUUGAGUCAUCAGCCACCCACCUCGGGUCGUCUACAGCUCGUGCUAGGCGCGAAGGGUUUGGGCUCAACUCUUGUCUCAGUACGAGACGUUGGCCUCGCCACACCAUCUGAAACCUCAGGAACGGUGCUUGUUGCUGAUGUUGCUUGGGUCAAGAUGCUAAUUCCUGAAGAUGCCAGCCUCUUGCUUGGCUCAAAUAUGACUAUACAUCUGGAAGUAGGAGAUGGUGCUGGUCACACUUUCGAUGCUUCUCAGCUGGCUUACAUGAAUGUCCAAGUGCACACACUAGAUGAGGUUGUGGAGGUUGUCAAGCCUCCAAGAUCAUCGCCAGGAGAACUAAGUGCCAGUACUUUUGUCAUCCGUGGGGCGAGCGUAGGUCUUACGACAACCCUUCACGUAUCUGUACAAAAGUUUUCCGGGCAUGAGGUUCUAAGCGACUAUGGAAGAAUCUCCGUAUUCGCACCACUUUCUAUACAUCCUUCCUCUUUGGUUAUCGCCCCAGGUUCUCAGUACGUGCUGAGCGCACAAGGUGGCCCGCGUGUGGGAGCGUCCAUUGAUUUCAUGAGUUCGAAUGAAGAAGUUGCCACCAUUGAUCGAAUAUCUGGGCGUCUGGAGGCAGUCGCUCACGGUACUGCGACAAUCCUUGCGCAAGCUCGGGGACAGGGAGGUCUUGUCAUAACCGAGGAUUCCGUUGAAGUCCGCGUUCAACUCCUCUUUACUCCAACUCUAAAUGUGAAAGGAGGACAGCUGGGUGUCAACAGAGAGAUGUCCAUUUUUCCAACUGAAGCCGAGGAAGACCUAUUGUCCUUUUAUGAGCUUUGCAGUGAUUACAAGUGGUCCAUCACAGACGAACAGGUGUUAGCUCUGAAACAUGGCGAAACUCGUAGCAGCAGUCUUGGGGAUGGGGCCUAUGCUAAUGAGUCAAAUGAUGCUCUGGAUAGAAAGCGAGCUUUAUCAGGACAUGUUUAUGGUCAAGAAGGAAUGCUGGGAACUGAAGAAGGGUUUUCUGCUAGAAUUGUAGGCAGGUCUGCUGGCAGGGCCAAGGUUACAGUCGCCUUUUCUUGCAGUUUUGGGAAUCAGAAUGGCAUAGUUGAAACUCGUGAUUACAGCGCCUCUGAAACAAUCUGGGUGGUGCCAGAUCCUCCACUUGCACUUGGCAUACCUGCGACAUGGCUCCUCCGCCCCCAGUAUACAUCUUCAAGUUUGCUUCCCCAGUGGACUGGGCAGUUUCCCGCUCGAAUAGAUAAUGGAAACUUUGUCCAAAGUGUGCAGUACACAGUAAUGCAUGAGGGAAGUAGUGACCUGGGUGUGAUAAGUAUCUCAGAAGACGGGAGAAUUCGCACCUCUGAAAGAUUGGAGGUUGCUUGUAUACAUGCUCGGGAUCGUAAUACGGCUCGCACAGAAGUUGCUGCUUGCGUACGUGUUGCCGAGGUUGCUCAAUUGACGGUUGGUGGGAAUAUAUUUCCUUAUCAUGUUGCUGAGCUUUCAGUCGGCUCCAGCCAACAAUACACUGUGACACUUGCUGAUGAGUUUGGUACCCCAUUCUUUGAAUCUGGAAGGGGUAGUAGUCUCCUAGUACUUGAAACAAAUCGAGCCGAUAUAGUGACCGCGAAAGUGACGGAUUGUGAGCAGCAUGAAACUUCAUGCAGCCUCACGAUUACAGUUCAGGCCUUGCGACAAGGCACGGCUCUGGUGCGGGUUUCCUACAAGGGCCUAGCGCAUAUAACCGACUUUAUACUUAUUAAAGUUGGUGCUUUCGUGAGUCCAAGAAACCCAUCUGUCCAUGUCGGCGGUCGGGUCAACUUCACCAUCAUAUGCAAAGGCGUACAUGUUGCUGGACAGCCAAGAGGUGAGAGAGGGCACUGGGCUAGUGAUAAUCCCAAUGUCUUAGAAAUCGAUCGAACUACAGGAUGUGCUAAGGCUGUCGGAGAGGGGAAUGCUAUUGUGAGCUUUACAGGUUCCCGUCUAACAACGUAUACCAGUGUCAACGUCAUCCGCAUUUCUUCUGUUACACUUGAGGCUCCCAAAAACGUUGUACAAGUCACGAAUAUGCCGUUUCAUGAAGAGGGAUAUCGAUUUCCCGUUCAAUUCAGCGAUACCCAGGGACUAGAUGCUGGAGUCGUAGGAGAGAGCCGGGAGGUAUCUUACGAAUGCCAGUUGAAGCCAGCAUUUUUGGGACUUGUUGUUCCAUGGCGGGAGCCUGGUUUCAACAGCUUUUACUGCGUUUUCUUUGCAUAUACACCGCAACAGUUGUGGUACAACGUCCAUCGUUCAGAGGAGAACCAGAAGAUAGUGUCCUCUGGGCGCGCAUCUGAUGGCACAAUACAAAUGACUAUCACGGCAGUUGUCCCUGGGAACCCAUCCGUAGAGGGAAGUAUUGAGACUUCUAUGACAGGAGGUUUUGAAAUUAUAAACACACCUCAAGAGCUCCAUUUGUCGCCGACUACAAAUAGAAGCUUGAUCACCAUUGUUGGCAACACAGGGAAGGUGAAGGUGUCUUGGGGAAGAAAUGACGUGAUGGUUGUGGAGAAAUUGUCCGACACCAGUCCAAAUUUUGGAAUUGCUGCACGAGCGAACUUUGAGGUCAAGCUGAUUUCUGAGGAUCAUCCUUUCACAGACCGCUUGGUGUUUUCUCUACUCCCUUCAGGUCAGGAGGAGGAGAGAUUCGUCAUCUACAGUGCAGAGCUUCUUACUCGUUCUCUACUCGUAAAGCCCAUAUUAUAUGCCGUCGUUCUCGUGGUUAUUUUAAUAGUACUUCCGCUCAUUUUAUGCGCCCGUUUGCUCGAUCUACCUCAACCGACCGCAGAGCAGGCACCACCUACGGAAGGAGCUGAGUCCUCUGUAUCGGACGGUCCUCUGUACAGUACUAGUUUCGGCGAGCAAACCCCGCCUCCUACCAGAGGAUUCAGUCGCACACCUCCACCACAGCCAUAUACAGAUUACGUGAAAAGAACUAUUGAAAAGACACCUUACUACAAACGAGAGGGUGUCCGUAAAUUCGAUCCAUAUCGCACUUACUGACGAUACAAGCCAUUAAGUCCAGGAAGAGGCUCUUGUCAUAGGAACAUUAUUCGAUUUAGAGGUGUUAGGCUUCUUUGCAAGAUAUCUCGUGUAGUAAGGUGAAUACGAUGAAUGUGGUGAGCUGUUUUGAGUGCCACAAGCAGCCUCAUCACUCGAAGUGGAUGCCUCUCACUCUACAAGACCAAUGAGCAUUUAUCUUGCUAAAGAUGAAGCAGGUCGCAUUUUUGCAGGAACUGAUUUGUACUGUAGAUUAAAAUCUCGAGAACUUUGUCUGAGAGUGGUCCAGCUAGAUCGCAGAGAUUCAUGACCAACAUGUUGUAAAACAACCAUUUAUGGUCUUGAUUAAAAAAUUGUUUCUGC